CCGGCUUUUGGGACCUUUAUUCCGUAGCCACAAACCGGCCUAUGCCAGAGAGCCCGGCUAUGUGGCUGAUAUCUUGACAUCAUGGACUCAAGUCUGAAAAGCAAAUUCUACCUUCAACAACGACAUGUAAGAAUAGGCAUUGCCGUCGCGCUCUAAGCCGGUCAUAUUAGCCAAAGUCAUACAAUGGGAGAGUCACGCGUAAUAUACUGGUUUCGAACAGACCUUCGGCUUCACGAUUCCCCUGCUCUGGGGGCGGCUCUUGAUUUAGACCCCAGUGUCCUAUGGCCUAUAUUCACAUGGGAUCCUCACUAUGUAUACAGGGUCAAGGGGGGGAUAAACAGAUGGCAGUACUUACUCGACUGUCAGACUGAUCUUUCAAGGUCCAUUCGAAACCUGAAUCCCAAGUCUAAACUCUUCGUUUUACGCGAAGCUCCGCAAACCCUAUUUCCUAAAUUGUUUAAGGCGUGGAAUGUAACGCAUCUGGUAUUCGAAAGGGAUACGGAUGCCUAUGCCCGGGAAAGAGAUAAAAUAAUAGUAGCAUUAGCGGAAAAGGCAGGCGUCCAAGUGGUUUCUCGGUAUGGGCGCACGCUAUGGGAUAGCGAUGAGAUUGUUGCUAAGCACGGGGGAAAACCAACUAUGUCUAUAACCCAACUCCAAGCUGUCGGUAAAAAAGUUGGGGAGAUACCAAGGCCGAUACCCACACCAGAUCAUCUCCCAGAUCCAGGAGAUAUGCCUACAGAUUUUAAGCAGAGAAAACCAGAAAUUGAACCUGAUCUUAACACUGCGCUCCGGGAUAAUAUUGAAAAUACCUACUCACACAUUGCAGGGCCUAAAGGAGACUUCGCUAUUGCGACUCUUGAGGAGCUUGGGUUCCCGGCCGCAGCUACUACACCGCACCGUGGUGGCGAGACAAAUGCUCUAAAACAACUGGAGAAAAUUUUCUCAAAUGAGAAAUAUGCGGCUACUUUCCAGAAACCGAAGACCAGUCCAGCCGCUUUUGAGCCGCAAUCGACGACCCUAUUAUCGCCGAUGCUACAUUUCGGUGCAUUAUCGCCACGCCUUUUCUAUUGGAGAGCGCAAGAUCUAGUCGAAAAAUAUGGAAAGGGGGCAUCCACCCCUCCUGAGAGUCUAACUGGGCAGCUUUUGUUUCGAGAUAUGUACUUUGCGGCCCAGGCAGCAAUUGGAUCUCCUUUCGCCCAAACGGUCAAUAAUGCAUAUUGCAGGUUUAUCCCUUGGCACCUACCUUCAAAAGUAGGGGAACCCGAGACAGGUAGUAACGCAAUUAGUGGUAAAUACGACGUUGACUCACCACAAGCAGAGGAAUGGUUUCUGCGUUGGAAGAUGGGUGUGACUGGAUUUCCGUUUGUUGACGCUCUGAUGCGCCAGCUACGCAUUGAAGGCUGGAUCCAUCAUUUGGGACGCCAUAUGGUGGCUUGUUUCCUCACUAGGGGUGGAUGUUACGUUCACUGGGAACGUGGCGCCGACGUUUUUGAAGAGUGGUUGAUCGACCACGAACCAGCUAGUAAUGCCGGCAAUUGGCAAUGGAUGAGCUGUACCGCAUUCUACUCCCAGUACUAUCGGUGCUACAGCCCUGUAGCUUUCGGACAAAAGUGGGAUAAGAAAGGUGAAUUUAUAAGAAAAUGGGUACCUGAGUUGAAGGACUUGGAUGAAAAGUUUAUCUAUGAGCCAUGGAAAGCUACCAAAGCACAACUUGACAAAGCUGGUGUGACAAUUAAAGGGGACGGGCUUCGGGAGAGAACAGAUGGCACGUACCCUGCUCCGAUGUUUGAUUUCGGGCAGAGGAGAAGCACGUGUAUUGCUGCAAUGAAAAGGGCUUACUCCAUUGGGAUAUAUGGGAAUGAUGAUAGAGUUAAGGAUGGAACAUGGAAACAACUAUUUGAAGAAGCUGGUGAGACAGAGACGGAAGGUUUUGGCAGAAGCAGCAGCAAUCAAGAUGGAAGUGGCAAGGACGGGCUUAAGCACGCAAAUCAGGACACAGAGGUAGUUAAGGAAGGGCCGAUGGAUAAGUUUGCUAAGAGACUGAAGAGGUAGGUAAUAGGUAAUAUUAUUACCUAUUACCUAAAGUAUAACAAUGUCCGAUUUCAAGUCUUACAACUACCUAGGUAGGUACCUAGUGUGUUGUAAGUUGCGACUCAGAUCGAAACUUCUACUAACAUCAAUGCUUUACAUUCAACGUUGUUACUUCUCCUUUCUACCUUCCACAUAGGCCCCUGCUUAUAUAAGAGUCUGUCUGAGCAACUGCUAAAGUAAAGAAUAUCCAUAAUAAUCAAUGGCCAUGUGUAGGUAGGUA